GGAUUGUUUUCUUGUUUCUGAAUCUAUGUUUGUGUUUUGUUUUAGCAAUCAUCCCCAAUUAUCAGGAUCCCUUUCUUUUUAACAAUACCUGUCAGGGUUCCUGUGUGAGCUCGAAGAGUAAACAUUGGAUACAUCCGUAUUGAUCUUCACAUCGUGACCUCAUCGUCUGUUCCACCCAGAAAAACCAUGAUGGAAGAGGAGAUCGUCGAGGACCGGGCCAAACUGAAGCAGGGCCUCAUCAAAGUGCUGGAGUGUGUGGCCACCAUCUCCUCAGCAGCAGCUGUAGUUAACCCCAUAUUUGGCGUGGCUGGAUCCCUGAUCCGCGUGGUGCUGCACCACGUAGAUGACGAGGACAUCCGCACCUUGAAGCGCGAGUUUGGUUCAGUCAACAAGGCGCUGGAUGAGCUGUCUCAUCAGAAUCGCAACACGCUGGUGCAGAUCAAGAAGGAAACGCUGGACGGUCAGUACUGUCAAGUGGAGGAGAACCUGAAGAACCAGUUCAGAAAGUUCAUGGAUAUGGUGGAGGCACGGCCUGAGCACCGCACCCGCAAAAGAGAUGACUUUGAGGAGAGCUAUGCCAAUGACUUGGGUGACCAGAACCUGCACACGCUCUAUGACGGCGUGGUGGGAAAACCAAAGCUCUUCAGUAAGCCCAUCCUGGAAGUCUACCUGAAGCACUCGCAAGGCGACCGCGUCACCAUGGAGCGACUCUGCACACGCCUCACCUACCUGUUCUGCAUCGGGCUCAUCGCCCUCAUGGGCUACGCAGCCAUCAUCGGAGAUGACGAGGAGGGGCUGAGUGAGGAGUGGGCCGAGAAGAUGGAGCAUGUGCAAGAGAAGAUGCAGGAGGCUCUUCGCAAGUGCAAAUAAAGAAAAAGCAUGAAAAAAAGC